AUGACCCGCCUCGGACCCGGAGACCUCACUCAUAGCCCAGGAGUUCGCAAAAUCGGAUUUGAGGAAGAUCCGCCCCAAUUUACCGUCGCACAUCUUCUUGUCCACGGCUGGCCUGUCCAGCGAUCAACCUCAGAAUGCAACGACCCACCCAACGGCGACUUCAAUACUUGGACCAAAGAAGUCAACUUACUCACCCGUAAGGAGCGAGAACAACUUCCACAGGACUCCGACACAAAGUCUUGCCAUACACCAUGGCGUGACCAAAUUUACUAUAUGUGGAACCAUGUCUUUUAUGAUGUUGGCAGCUGGAUGUCUAGGGCCUACGGCACUGGAACAUUUAAGCCACCCAACACAGAGGUCUUCGCAAUUGAAUUCCCAACAUCUCAUGAGAAUGACGAUGGCGGGAAUGUUCUCGCAGCGACGAAAGUCUGGGACGCAGAUACUCUGAUUGUUCCGGCUUGGCUGGCCCCGGGGGUUUCGUUGCGUGUUGAAACACUUAAUCCUGGCAAAGAGGACGAUGAACCUUUUCAUCCUGGGGAUUUUGGGCAAAGGGACCGUUACGAUGUUUGGUAUGUGAAGGAGGGGGUGCAACUGCGAUUUUAUGUGGAAGGAGACUGGGACCGGAGCGCGGAUAGACUUGCUGCAGUGAUGGUCUAUGGUAAUAUGUUGGGUGAGCGGCUCGAGAUUGAGGACGAAGAGAGCGAAGAUAGCGCAGAUGGUGAAGAUGGUGAUGAUAAGUAG